AGGGAGAGAGAGAGAGAGGGGAGGGGCUUAGAAAGUAUGAACUUGUGUAUGAUUAAGCUGCAGGAAGCAUUAAGAAGGGAAAAGACUGCAAACUGGACGCGGUAUACUCACCCGUUUAGACGUUUACAGAGGACGAGUUGCCUUAUGGCUUCUCAGAGGGAGACUUUUUCCACCGGGUCACACUUUUUCUAGCGCGCUCCUGCACUCCUGAGAGUUGUCUCGUUAAUAAAAUCCGGAGCAUUCAGCUUGAACCCGCGCUGUUUUUCCUCUUUCCACUGUGCGUAAUUUUUCUCCAGGAUCGAAAAAAAAGAGGCGACAUCACAACAACACGCGGACGACGAAUCGGGACAGAAACAAAACCAAGUGUUGGAAAAUGAAGACCUUCUUGGAUAUCUGCUUGAUUUUCCUCACGCUGCACACUCCCGGCGUGCUGUCCUUAUCCACACAUGUAGCAGUAAUCUACCCCCAGGACCCUGUCCUUCGAAUGGGGUCCAACCUGACCGCCAGUUGCUGGGUCCACUCCGACCUUGGCAUCCACGCCAGCUCUCUGUUCUGGACGCUCAAUGGUCAACAGUUGCCCAGCUCCCUGUAUCGAGUGCUGAGCCCGACGAACCUCAGUGUGACACUGGCUGGACUCAAUGCCUCUAGGCAGACGUCUGGUGACAAUCUGGUCUGUCACAACCACAAGGGUCACAUCCUGGCGGGCUCCUGCCUCUACGUCGGGAUGCCUCCAGAGAAGCCGGUCAAUCUGACCUGCUGGUCCAGGAACACCAAAGACCUGACUUGCAGCUGGGCUCCGGGUGGAAAAGGAGAGACGAACAUCAGCACACAGUACAGGCUCAAGUACAAACUCAGAUGGUAUGGUAAGGAGAAGGAGUGUGAGGAUUACACUCACUCGCAGCCUUACUCCUGCAGCAUCACUCGGGACCUACACCUCUUCACGCCCUAUGAGAUCUGGGUGGAGGCUUCCAACCAGCUGGGCCACGCCACUUCUGAUGUUAUCACGCUCGACAUCCUAGACGUGGUGACCACGGACCCUCCAUCAGGUGUGACCGUCAGCCGUGUUGGGCAGUUAGAGGACCAGCUGAGUGUUCGCUGGGAGGCCCCGCCCGCUCUCAAAGACUUCCUGUUUCAGGCCAAAUACCAAAUCCGCUACAGACUGGAGGACAGCCAAGACUGGAAGGUGAUGGAUGACGUUGGGAAUCAGACAUCUUGUAGACUGGCUGGACUGAGACCUGGAACAGUGUACUUUGUCCAGGUUCGCUGUAACCCCGUGGGCAUCUAUGGCUCUCGCAAAGCUGGGAUCUGGAGCGAGUGGAGUCAUCCUACUGCUGCAUCCACACCCCACAGUGAGCGGUUGAUGUCGGGCUCCUGUGACCCAAAGUCCAGCGGGGACUCCAACUCCACCCUGCGGAGGGAGCUGAAGCAGUUCUUCGGCUGGGUGCGGAAACACGCCUACGGCUGCAGCAGCAUGUCCAUGAAGCUGUAUGACCAGUGGAGAGUGCUGAUGCAGAAAUCCCACAAAACUCGCAACCAGAUUUUGUCUUUUAAUUUAGGUUCUCCAAGGGGAUAAAUCCUAGCACAUGAUGCCUUUUCAAGCAGAAAACAAGUCAAGAAAAGAACUGAGUGAGUGUGUUUUUGUCUGUGUUUGUGUGUGAGAAAGAGAGAUAUGAUAUACGGGAAAUUAGCAGAUAUUUUGCUCUGGACAUUUUGUGUGAAUACCAGCCAUGGCCAUGAGAGGACAUCCAAGAGAAAAAGCGUGGGGUUUUCUUCCGGGCGACAUGGGUCCUUUUUGACUAAAAAGGUGCCAACAGGAGGGACUGGGAAGGCAGACUCGCCAUGGACAUCCUGGUGUCAUCAUUAGAAAGGGACUUUUACAGACUAUUCUGCUUUCUCAAAGGACGGUGUAGCAUGAAAAACUUGGUCAUCAGCUCAGACAUGAACCUGCAAACAAACAAAUCAAAAGUUGCUUGAGCGUCCAAAAGUAUUCUGUACCUUGUUUUUUUCCUCCUGUGGAUCCAAAGUGCCAUCUAGUGGCUAUUCAGACUCCAUGGAUACCCACAGCUGUUGCUGUGGUCCUGAUGUAAAAAAGGCAGCAAAUUAUCAUUCAGUAUUUCUAAUUCAUGCUUUGUUAUAUAAGUGGUUAAAGUGCGAAAGUAGUUUACCCAGCGUUCAUGUGUUCUGAGUGACAGUAUGUGACUGAUGACGUGAUGGUGUUUGUGUAUGGAAGACGUUUCAUUGCCUUUAUUUUUGUACUGAAUUGUACCAGCAUAUUUAAAACUGUAUAAAGUUUUAUUUCUUAAGUUAUGUUUAGUUAGUAAAGAAAUAUCAGUGACUGAAGUUGUUUAUCAAGCUCUAAUGUUGUUCUAUAAAAGUGUUGUCAGAAA